GCAUUUGCUUGCGUCCUCUGUUCGGAAACCACACCUAACAUCGUCCUUUCCGUCGUUAUGUACCCUCAAAUCAAGCCUUAUAGUACCGGGAACCUCAAAGUCUCCGACAUACACACAUUAUAUUUCGAGUUGAAUGGCAGUGAGGAUGGUGUUCCCGUUAUCUUUCUUCAUGGUGGGCCCGGUGGGGGCUGCGACGAGGAGGACCGCUGCUUCUUCAAUCCGAACAAGUACAAGAUCAUUCUCCUCGAUCAACGAGGAUCAGGCAAAUCCACCCCGGCUGCUUCUCUCGAGGAAAAUACGACCUGGGAUCUGGUCAAGGACAUCGAAAAGCUACGCGAACAUCUGAAGAUCGAGAAAUGGCAUGUCUUUGGUGGCUCUUGGGGUUCGACUUUGUCUCUCGCAUACGCUCAGGCUCAUCCCGACCGUGUUAGAAGUCUAGUUCUUCGUGGAAUCUUUACUUUGCGCAAGAGCGAGCUGCGUUUCUUCUAUCAGGAUGGUGCAUCACACCUUUUCCCGGAUGCAUGGGAAGAUUAUAUUGCCCCCAUUCCGGAAGCUGAACGGCACGAUAUGAUUCUUGCUUACCACGCUCAACUUAACUCGGUUGACGAGGAUGUGCGCCUUGAGGCUGCGAAAGCUUGGUCCAAAUAUGAGAUGGCGACAUCCAAGUUGUAUGUCGAUCCGAAGUACAUCGCACGAGCUGCAUCCGACAAGUUUGCGACCGCUUUCGCGCGGAUCGAGAACCACUACUUCGUCAAUGAGGGCUUCAUGCGUGACGGUCAACUUCUGGACCCUCAGGAGAUUGACAAGAUCCGGCAUAUUCCCACAAUUGUGGUGCAAGGAAGAUACGAUGUCGUCUGUCCGAUCACCACAGCUUGGGCUCUCAAGAAGGUCUGGCCGGAAAUUACACUCCAUAUCGUUCCAGAUGCCGGUCACAGCUCACGCGAGACCGGUAUUGCUAAGCUUCUUGUCGAGGCAACAGAUAAGUUCGCAGAUCUCUCCUAGUGGAGCUGGUUAGUCCCCCCAAUGUAAACUGUUUGACUUGUUGAGAGAAUUGUCACGAUAAAUUAAUAUGACGACCGGAACGAAUUUCAACCCAGGACAAGAAUAUCCCGGCUGCGUGUUGAAUGAUUGUCAGCCCCAGACAGGGGAUUCUCCCGACGGGACGACGGAUAGACACAAGUCUUUGUAGAGCAAAGUGAUGUGCAUGGGUGAUCGGAGAGUCUUAAAGUAGGCUGAGUAAGAGUGAG